CUCCCUUCAUUCCUAUAUCCUUGAUUUCUUGUCUUUACAUAGUUUUCUUUGUUAAUUUCAAGUUCAACCCUUUUCUCACUUACUCAUAUUCAAACUUUCUUGAAUAAAAGAAAAAGUAGUUCAAACGUAUAUUUGUUUGCUAGCAUGUGUAUAGCGUCAGUAACUGUUUCCACAGCUGAAAAGGAAUCUUUUUUCUCAAGAUUACGGAAUAUAUUUCAUCUCAAAAAGAAGGAAGAGGAGAAGAAGACAACGACAACAACAACAACAACAAUAACAACUGCUACUACUACUAACUCAUGUGUUAGUAGUAGUAACAAGGGAGAGUUAGAGAGGGUAUUUACGUACUUUGAUGAGAACGGAGAUGGAAAGGUGUCACCAACGGAGCUAAGGAGAUGCAUGAAGGCGGUAGGAGGUGAACUGACAAUGGAGGAGGCGGAGAUGGCUGUGAGGCUAUCGGAUUCAGAUGGGGACGGGUUGUUAGGGUUGGAGGAUUUUACGAAGUUAAUGGAAGGAAUGGAGGAAGAGAGGAAUAAAGAGAGUGAGUUGAUGGGAGCAUUUGGAAUGUAUGAAAUGGAAGGAUACAUUACUCCUAAGAGCUUGAAGAUGAUGUUGAGUCGACUCGGCGAGUCAACCUCCAUUGAUAAAUGCAAGGUUAUGAUAAGGAGAUUUGAUAUCAAUGGAGAUGGAGUUCUUAGCUUUGAUGAGUUUAAAAUUAUGAUGACAAGUUAGAAGAGUUUAGAGAGAAAUAUUUGUGUAAUUAUGAUUCUUGAGAUCAAAUAAUUCAUUGAGAUUUUUUCAUUUCAUAAUUGUAAAGUUACUCCCUCCAUAUUUUAUGAAGUGGAGCAUGUAUUACUUCUUUGUUUGAUAAAUUAUUCAU